UAUACGUCGCUAUACGUGUGCAGCGCGCGGGAGUUUUCGCUACACGCUACGAAUUGCUACGGACCAUUUUCGUUCAGUUACUUUUUAUUUGUUGAAUUGUUUGGUGUGUUUCGGAAGCAGAUAUCCGCACGUCAAACGCUCCGCGCGGCAAGCGGUUCACGUUCCAGUCGACGGUGCGGCAGCUGGAGCGGAGAAAAUUAGCGGAGAAGCUGUCCCGUGAGGCAGACCUCAAGGAGCAGCAGCGCAGGACCGAGCUGGAGGCCAUGAGACGAGUGGAAGAGGAGUUCCAACGCAAGCGCGCGCGGGAGAAGGCCAACAUUCGGCAACAGCUGCGACUCGUCAGCAGCGGCGCCGCCAGCAUGCCCACCACCACGCAUCACACCAAAACGAGGGAUGAGCCCGACGGCUCGUGCCGGGACUCUCCGGCGCUGGAGCGGCCGCGAGAGAGGAGGCAGGGACACAGCAACGCGUCCUCGGAGAUCAGCGGCAGGAGCAAAAGCACUACGCCGAUCCGCUGCGUGGAGCUGAGCGAGUGGCGCACGGAGAGCGAGGCGCGCGUGUACCGCGACUGGGGCUCCGCGCACGCGCACCCGCCCGCCUGCGCGCGGAUGCCCAUGUCCACGCACGCCGCCUACAACGCGCACAGGGAGCGAGCCCGCCUGCGCGCGGAUGCCCAUGUCCACGCACGCCGCCUACAACGCGCACGGAGCGAGGCGCGCGUGUACCGCGACUGGGGCUCCGCGCACGCGCACCCGCCCGCCUGCGCGCGGAUGCCCAUGUCCACGCACGCCGCCUACAACGCGGUGGAAGUAGAAGCGUUCAGCGGCAGCCCGCGCUCGGACAACUACCGGCUGGAGUUCGCGCGCGGGCGCUCGCCGCGAACGCCGCGCCCGCCGCGCCUGCUCGCCGCACGCUCGCCCUCCACCUCCGGCUCCGAGCUCAGCCUUCGCCAGCCUAUUAAGAUCAGUAACCCUCCACACGCCCACGGGAUCAGCAGAGAGUCAACUAAAGAGGAGCCGGAGGAGCCCGCCAUCGUCCCCACUCUUCGGCCGUCCGGGCCGGCGCGGACGACCGUCGCCAUUCGUUGACCGACUGUCGACGCGUGAGGACGUCCGAAUUAUUCGCGAUGGCGACGAAAGAAAAACGUGAACUGUAUUUACUCAGUGUCGAACAGAUUUAUCAAUGAGUAAAUCCAUCACAAAAAUUGUCUAGGCUCGAGUUGGAUAGUUAAGAAUUUGUCUACUGCAUCAACUGAACAAUAGUUAUGUCACUUGGGGUAUGUACUCAUAUUGCUCAAUUCUAAAGGGUUCAUAUUUGUCUAAAUAAGAAUUGAAAACAACCCUUAGUAAAAAGUUUUUAAACUAGCAGACUUGGUUAGAAACAGGUCAUAUUUGAACCGAAAGUUGAUGAGGGAAGUCGGGCAAAACGAAAGGAUUUCCUGCAGUCGUCACGCUUAGCCCCGAACCCCGUCACUCAACAUUUGGGUCAGUUCUGUCAGUCAACCUGUAAAUGCUCCGGUAGCUCGUUUUGUUUGUUUAUAUACUCGUAGGCACCACUUUUAAUGAGUUAGUUAUAUUUAACAUUAUCUUAUGUAACUUAGACGUAGUUAGAUCUAUUUAAUUAUUAAUUUUCGUGAAUUUAUUUUUUGUUGCUAAUUUUGACUCCGAUAAGUGCUUUAAUUGUCGUUUUCUGUAUAGUUAGAAUAAAGUUUAAAUGUAAAAUACGUAUAUUCGUUUGUAAUAAGUCAAGUUUAGCUUAAGCGGUCAUAAACAAUGCAAUAGCUCUCGUCUUCCAAUGUAAUAAUUAUAAUUACUCAAGCUUUAAUAUAGACUAGAAAUAUACGUAUUAAAUCAGGUGCUAUUACUUAGAUAACGUAUUAUCGAACUGUAUUGAUUGUAUCCGAACGUUAUUAGAUUCUAAAGAAACGCCUAUGAAGGUGGAAAAGUAUUUUCGAAUAAUAUUUCACAGCGACACAAUGAAGACAUUCAGGAGGAUUAAUAUUGUUCCCUUUUGGCUGCGAGUAACCUUUCAGGCCGAUCAAUCAUAACUUUUAUACCUCUACACAGUAAAUUAUAUGCUAGGGGUGCCAAUCCUUAGUAUAUCGAAUCAAAUCGAAAUCAUAAUGUUAAUGGAAAAAGGUUUCAAAUCGAAUCCAAACGUAAAUUACAUUAAUCAAUUUCAAAAUUUGCAGCAGGCCUGCUUUUGAUUGUUUACUGCUUUAUAUCAAUGUAAUUGAAAACUCUUUCAUAAACCAAAUUAACUUCCUACGAAAUAACUAAGUAGCAAUAGAUACGAGUAAAAUACAUAAAUAUUUUGUUGUGACAUGAAAUAUGAUCGUCAUAAAACUGGCACCCCUGAAGGGGUGUGGAAGACCAGGCGCGGCAAGUGGGUUAACGACGCCAAGCCUGACCACGCAAUCGCUAAUGAAUACUUUUGUUUGGCCCAACGCAGGUUAUACCAAUCACUCAUAGAACAAAUAAAACAAAUGAAAGGUCAUUUUCCAAGCAAAGAUAGUGUUUCGAAAAGCUAUCGCGAGAUCGAAAUGUUGGAUUUAAGCCUAUUUAAGUAGUGCCUUUUUUCUGUGAUGCGGAUUUCAGAACGCGUGCGGAUUCUGGUCUCUCUAAUUUGUAGCGUGCGUAUAUGUACAACCACGCUGAUGGUUGCGUGCGUGUAGCCCGCGUUAAAAACAUGUAUGAAAUAAUGAAAUACGGACAGCCCGCAUGCGGAGCAGAUCCGCACGCGUGCCGUAAUCCGCAUCGCAGGAAAAGGCACUUAUAGAUACCCGUUUUCACCAUCAAACGCUAAUUUUUAAGUGAUCUCUAUGUAAACAAAAUCCUGUAUGUAUUACCAUAGGGGUCACUUAAAAUUAGGAAUUGAUGGUGAAAACGGGCAUUACUCUAUUCUUUUUAUCGACGAUUAUCUAACAAAACGAAUAAUUACCGACUUUCUCCAUUCGUAGAGUUCCAGACAUAUUUUUGUCAAAUAAUUUAGGUUGAUGGCACAUUUCAAGUAAUACAAAAGCAAGGUUAUAACUGCUAUGGUUUUACCUAUGAAUAUCAAAGACGCAUUUAGAAAUUAGUUUCAUUGUCUGCCUGUAACAAUAGUUUUAUUACAAUAAAUAAUGUCAUGUUUGAAUCAAUCCUUACUCGACAGCCAAAUAAUAAUGUAACAAUGUUAUUAUUAAUAAUUGAAACACAUACUCAUUUACAGAUGCAGACAAUAAGUAAGUUAUGAUAAUUUGUUUUUACAAUAAUAACAGGUGCAAUAUACGCAUACAUUGUAAGAAUUUUUUUACGAAAUAUUAAAUGUAUAGUCGCUCAAUCAUGUAUAAAUUAUACCUGUAUAAAGCACGAAUAUUAAUCGUCAAAGCAUAUCCCAUGUUAUUAAUGUUUUUAUAUAAACUAUACGCCUAAGUGUACAUAAAUAUAACGAAUUGGUGCAUGUAUAUAAAUAGUGCAUAAGAUAUUGUUUAUUCAACAUGUAAUAAACAUUUGUAUUUUUGAUAA